AUGAAUGCACUAUCGUACAUCAAUAACAAUCUGGUGGUGCCGCUGGAGAAGCUCAAUAGGAAUGGUAGUGACAGGUCACAAGACGAUGAUCGCGAUGAAAGUGAUGGUACGACAGGGGUGAAACCUGUCAAAGCGGUGAGGCAGGAGCAGGGUUCGCGAUUGUCUGUUUAUCUUUGGAUGGUGGUGCUUUUUCUGCCUCGAUACCUUGUUAUGAGACCGAUCCAGUUUGUUUGGUGGUUGAUUUGUUCGCCAUUGCUUUUGGUGGAGUAUGGUGUCAAGUCACGGCUGAAAAGGGGCCAGAGAAGACGGGAUUCGGUGGCGGAGAAUGGACCGGUUUUAAGGGCGAUUAGCGAGAAUGAUGAAGAUGACUUGGCUGGCGGGGAUGAGAUUAUCUUGCAGAGGGAUGCGGUCAAGGGUUCGUUGUCGAAGGCGAGCGGGAGUGCGGGGCGUCGGCAUUCUGUGACCAGUAGGAAUAAGUCGGGAGUCAGGUCCGAGUGCUCGUCGAACGUGGUGUUUGGAACAAAACGCAUGGGCAGGUUCCUGUUCCCGAAGAAACUGAUACCGAAGUCUGUUUUGCAUGCGGAACGGAGGAAACGGCUUGUUGUGGAUUUGGAUGAGACGCUGAUCCACUCGGCUUCUCGAAGUACGUCUCAUAGUAAUUCAUCGCAGGGUCACAUGGUCGAAGUACGAUUCGCCGUCAGUGGAGUGUCGACGCUGUAUUACGUUCAUAAGAGGCCACAUUGUGACCUGUUUCUUUCCAAGGUUAGCAAAUGGUACGACUUGGUGGUCUUCACGGCGUCGAUGAAGGAGUACGCUGAUCCCGUGAUAGACUGGCUGGAGAGUUCUUUCUCCGGUCGCUUCUCGAAGCGCCUGUACAGAAAUAACUGCAUCCUGAGAGAUGGUGUGGGCUACAUCAAGGACCUUUCGACCGUUUGUGGACCGAUGGAGAAUUCUUCAAAUGUCAGCUUGGGAGAAGUUAUCCUGGUAGAUAACAGCCCGGUAAGUUACGCGAUGAACGUGGAAAACGCGAUUCAGGUGGAGGGGUGGAUAAGCGAUCCAUCGGAUAACGAUUUACUAACGCUUUUGCCCUUCCUUGAAGCUCUCAGGCAUACCACCGACGUUAGGGAUGUUUUGGCACUGAAAAACGGCGAACAGGCAUUUCUUCAAUGA